AUGGCGGCAAUUGAUGUUGAACCUCCUAAAACGGAGACUGCAAUGCGAACGUUGAAGUUGUCGGGGCAUGUCGGCUUCGACAGCCUGCCAGAUCAGCUGGUGAAUAAAAGCGUACAAAAUGGUUUUGUCUUCAACAUCCUUUGCAUUGGUGAGACUGGUUUGGGCAAAUCAACACUUAUGGAUUCAUUGUUUAAUACCAAUUUUGAGUCCUCGCCAAGUCCUCAUAAUCUACCAACAGUGAAGCUUAAGGCUCACACAUAUGAGUUACAGGAAAGCAGUGUAAGAUUGAAGCUUACUAUCUGUGACACGGUGGGCUAUGGAGAUCAAGUGAACAAGGAAGACAGCUUCAAGGCAGUGGUGGACUACAUUGAUGCCCAAUUUGAAGCCUAUCUGCAGGAGGAACUGAAGAUUAAGCGUUCGCUGCCAGCAUACCAUGACAGCAGGCUGCAUGUGUGUCUCUACUUCAUCUGUCCCACUGGGCAUGGCCUGAAGUCGAUCGACCUGGUGUGCAUGAAGAAGCUGGACACCAAGGUUAACAUCAUACCCAUCAUCGCCAAGGCCGACACCAUAUCGAAGACCGAGCUGCAGAAGUUUAAGUCGAAGAUCAUGCACGAGCUGCAGGCGAACGGCGUGGAGAUCUACCAGUUCCCGACGGACGACGAGUCGGUGUCGGAGGUGAACGGCGCCAUGAACGCGCACCUGCCCUUCGCCUGCGUGGGCAGCACCGACUUCGUCAAGAUCGGCAACAAGACGCUGCGGGCGCGCCAGUACCCCUGGGGCACCGUGCAGGUGGAGAACGAGUCGCACUGCGACUUCGUGAAGCUGCGCGAGAUGCUGAUCCGCACCAACAUGGAGGACAUGCGCGAGAAGACGCACGCGCGCCACUACGAGCUGUACCGGCGCCGGCGGCUGCAGCAGAUGGGCUUCACCGACGUCGACGCCGACAACAAACCGGUAUCAUUCCAACAAACUUUCGAACAAAAGCGCAGCGCUCACUUGGCUGAGCUGCAACAAAAGGAAGACGAAAUGAGACAGAUGUUUGUGCAGAGAGUGAAAGAGAAAGAAGCGGAAUUAAAGGAGGCUGAAAAAGAGCUUCAUGCUAAAUUCGAUAAGCUGAAAAAGGACCACACUGAAGAGAAGAAACGUUUAGAAGAAUUGCGCAAGAAAAUAGAAGACGACACCAUAGAGUUCAAUCGCCGCAAGCAGCAAACGACCCAGUCCCACCACACCCUGACACUCGGCAAAAGCAAGAAGAAA